UCAAUUACAAAUCCAAGUUGACAUGGUCACAUAAAUGGAUUAUAAACAAUCACAAAAUCAUGAAAACCGUCGUGAAUGGCGGUAAAUUAUACCUUCCUUGUAAUAAUGAAGCCAAAACCGUUCGAUGCCAACAUAUUAACAACGUAAAUGAACGUUCAGUCUAACCAUGUUGAAGUCGAGCCACGCCGCCCUUGGAUGGAAUGUCCUCAGCUCCCAGAUGACAGCGAUGAUGACCCAGGUCUGGCUUUCAUCUACAAUUUGGACCAACUGAUUGUAACCGAACAAAGGGAUGGCUUGCACGAUAUCAUAGGUAACGAAGGCAUCGCUUAUACCAUCUUUAAUAGCGCCGGGCAGAAAGUGUUCCUAGCAGUGUUGAAUAAAAAAUUUAGAAAUUUCAACAUAAAAAUUUUCAACAACUACGGCAACGAAGUUAUUAAUGUCGAAAAACCUUUUACUUGGUGGACAAACAAGGUGCUAGUGUGGGCUCCUCCUGGAAAUUUUGUGGGGUCUGUACAGGAACGGUCCAAAUGCAUAUUAAACAAGUACACAGUUAGAAAUCAAGAGGGGACGAAAAUAUUGAAAAUACGAUCCGAAGGUUUUGGUCGGUACGUGUACAAGGUGUACCUGGUGAGUACCAGGUAUGCUAUCGGAGUGGUGAGGGAACAGAGUCCCUCGGGUUAUAUCCGCAAGACAAAGAACUUCGGCGUCUCGUUUCCCGCUGAAAUGAACGUGUACGACAAGGCGGUGCUACUGGGAGCAUGUUUUCUCAUCGGCUUGUACAAAUACUAAAUGGCGACUGGCUUCAAUAUAGAUUAUCUUUUUUCUGUUUCAAUAAA